UGGCAGUUUGUGCUGAAGCACAGGGAGUUCGCUCAUCUCCGGGAGGUGAAGGUGUUUCCCAACGCCCUCAACCCGCACAAGGAGGAGUCGCGGGCGCUGGUCAAGGCCAUGAUCGACCAGGUCAUGGCGCUGCACGAGGACUUGAAAUGGUUUCACAUCGGGUGUGAUGAGGUUUACUACCUGGGUGAGGGAGAGGAGUCACAGCAGUGGCUGCAGCAACAAGACAACACUCCAGAGAAGCUGUGCUUAUCCCACAUAAAAGCCGUUGCAAGUUGUGUGGCCUCAUCGUACCCCACUGUGACACCCAUCGUGUGGGAUGACAUGCUCAGAGGGAUGAGUGAGGAAACACUGGCAGAGUCUGGGGUCCCACAGCUCGUGCAGCCAAUGAUCUGGGACUACACAGCAGACCUUGAUGUGGAGGGCAAAGUGCAUCUCAUAGAGAAGUAUCGUAGAUGUGGCUUCUCCAAGGUGUGGUUUGCUAGUGCUUUUAAAGGGGCUACAGGAGUGAAUCAGUCUCUGACACUUAUUGGACACCACUUGAAAAACCAUCUGCAGUGGCUGAAGGUGGCAAGCAACAGCCCUGCUGAUCUCCUUGAAGGUAUUGCCCUGACUGGCUGGCAGAGGUAUGAUCACUUCUCCGUUCUGUGUGAGCUUCUCCCUGUGGCAAUUCCAUCCUUGGCUGUAUGUCUGCAGGCACUAAAGAAUGGUGGCUAUUCUGAAAAGAGUAAAGAAAAUGUGGAAAAGCUGCUGGGAAUGUCCAACCUGGAAACUGAUACUUACAUGAGUACAAGUCUGGGGACCUUUCCUGGGAGCAAUAUCCUUGCACUUGUGACCCAAGUUACCUUCUACCUCAAGUCAUCAGUGGAUGAACUUCUUGAAAGGAACAGAUAUGUCACAGGCUGGUUCAGCCCCUACCACAGAAAAAGGAAGAUUAUUCACCCUAUCAUCAUGCAUCACUUCCAGCCAGAUGCAGUCAGUCUUCUCUCCAAGUGGAAUGCUGUGGUGCAGGACCUCCGAGCAGCCAUGGAGCAAGUUUUCCAUGAGUGUACAAUAGAGGAGUGGAUGGAGGAGAAUGUCCACCCCAGCCUACAGAAGCUGCAGGAAGUGGUGGAUGAUUUAGAUGAAGCAAUAAAAGCACUAAAUUAAGGGCAUUUCAAUUAGGCUUAUUCCAUGG